CGCAUUUCUAAGCUAUUUACUCGAACCUCUCAUCAUAAGAAUGUCAUUAUCUUCCUACUAUUACAAAAUCUGUUUCCACGAGGGAAACAGUCACGUGACAUAGCUCUGAAUUCUCACUAUGUGACUCUAUUCAACUCACCUGUAGAUAGAUUACAAGUUCAAUUGUUUGCCAGACGUAUCUACCCCAACAAUGUAGAUAGGUUUAUGUCAGUCUAUGAGACAGCUGUGCAAAAACUCUAUGGCAAUCUGACUGUUGAUCUACGACCUACCACUCUUGAAUUAGAGAGAUUACAACCUAAUAUACUAACUAAUGCUGACGUACCCUCGGCCUCAAGGAUAAUAAAAGACCUACCAAGUCCCCCACCAGAAUCAAGACACAUGGAGGCAGGGAGCACAUCUAUAAAAGAGGAGCAGCCUGAACCACCUAAUCAUUUGACUCCAGACACUCAGAUAGAUAACAUCUCCAAGCUGGUUGAGAAUACUGUGGCCUCAGAAGACGAAAACAUGCCCUCCUGUGACGACUGUGGUAUUGUAUUUGAAAACAACCAUGACCUUCAACGUCAUGUGAGGACCUGGUGCCCGGAAAAUGGUGGGGAGCCUCUGCAGAAGCGAGCUAAGGUGGAUGCAGCUGAUGAUACUAAGAAUGAUAUCCUGCGUCCAGUAGAGACAGGUACUAAAGUGAAAGGCAUUGAAUACAUGUGGGAACAAACUUUGAAAGCUUGUAAGGAGGACAUCUGGAAGAAAAAGGAGGACUUUCAGGAUAAAGGAAAGAGUGAACGAUGGGUUGAGAAGAAACUGCGGAAAUGCUGGCAAACUACCUUUCUUGAUAGACUUGCGAUAGCCAUUCGUUAUGCCAGCUAUUUUGGAUAUGGACCCCUCUUCAAGCCUAUAUUGGAGAAAAUCACAGCCAUGGACCCUGACAUGGACCCCAAAGAAAUGGAUGCUAAAAUCACUCAGUGGAUGAAACCUAUCGUAAAAGAUAUUCUCUCCCAUGUGGACUUGAGCCAGGCUGAAGAUUUAGAACUUGUUGACAUGUCUGAGCAUGAUGAUACAGAUGAUGAUGAACUGUGAACUCUUCUACACAAAUUUGCAUCUAUGUAUUAUAUAAAUAUAUGAUGUCUCUGUUGUAUUAC